AGUUUUCAAAGAUCACCUCUAACCAUCAGUCUUCUUCCAUCUAUCCUAUUGUGCACGUCCUACUGUUUGUCUGCCCCCCUUCGCGCAACAAUGACCGCAUCUUUCAAUCCCGAUACAAAGAUAUGGAGCGGCCCGUUUCAACCCCCGAUUCUGAACCCGGAGGCCAACUUUGGCCAGUCCGUGCUGGCCGUGAUGAACCUCAAUCCGACAAAGGUCAUCCAGAUCGACGCCGACACGGGCCACUCGAUGACCAACGGCGAGAUGCGACUUCGGGCGAUCCGCGCAGCGCAGAAUCUAGCGGAACUUGGGCUCCGGAGGGGUGACAUGGUGGCGAUGGCCUGCGCCAACAGCGAUGGAGUUGCGCCGAUGAUGCUGGGACUGCUGUUCAACGGACUGCCGGUGCACAUGUUGGCCCCGAACUACGGCGUAAAUGAUUUGCGGCACAUGAUGGGGAUUACGCAGCCGAAGUUGAUCUUUUGUGACGAGAGCAAUUAUGAUAGCGUUGUGGAGGCGGCUGAGCUAGCUCUAGUGGAUAAGCCUUUGGUGUACGCUUUCGAGUGUGAUUUGGGAGGGGUUAAGAAGGCGGAAGUACUUUUCAAGGAAACAAAGCAUGAAGUCGAGUUUAGCCCUCCAUACCUGGGCGAUUCAAGCAAGCUGCUGGGAAUCGUUCUGUGCUCCUCGGGGACAACAGGUCUACCAAAAGCAGUGUGUCUGUCCCAUGCCCACCUGAUCGCCAACUUCGGAAUAUCGAUCGGAUCGUUAGGUCUCGAGGUGAUCUUCAACUUUAGUCCACUGUUUUGGGCGUCCGGACUUCACACCCUGAUGACGUCCCUGUACAACGGCACAACACGGCUGAUAACCCGCAAACCCUUCGGUGAAGAUCUGUGCUUCGACCUGUUGGAGCAGUUCCACGUGGAUGGCAUCUUCACGCCACCUUCCAGUGCCCACCUGCUGCUGCAGCAUCCUCGUAUCGCUGAUGUCUGCUGGGCAAACAUCAAACUGUGGUCGUUUGGAGGUAGUCCGCUGUCAGAUAAGAUUCGGAACUCAAUAGCUACCCUACUACCCAGCGGGAAGACGGCCAACGGAUACGGUUGCUCCGAGAUCGGUAGCUUCACGUUUGACGCUGAAAAGCAGAAGCCAAACUCCGUCGGCGUCCUAAUGCCGAACAUCCGCGCGAAAAUCAUCGAUGACAACGGCAACACCCUCGGUAAAGGAUCCCACGGAGAGCUGCUGGUCAAGUUCUCCGGCAAGUUUCUCGGAUAUUACAACGACCAGGAAGCCACAGCCCAGUGUUUCGGUGAAGAUGGUUGGUUCAAAACCGGAGACGUUGCGUAUUUCGAUGAGGAGGGAUUCCUGUUUCUGGUUGACCGGAAGAAGGAUCUGUUAAAGUACCGUGGUCACCAGAUUGCUCCAAGGGGCCUGGAGGCGAUCGUAGAAAAGAUUCCAGGAGUUGGUCAAGUUUGUGUGGUCGGAAUUCCGGAUGCGGAUGGUGCCUCGGACUUGGCUGCAGCGGUGAUUGUCAAGGGGAAGCAUGCUAGCCUUAGUGAGCAGGAUGUUUUGAAGGAGGUGAAUGAAACAGUUGCCGACUACAAGAAACUACGAGGUGGUGUGUUCUUCGUCGAUGAAUUUCCGAUGACGGUUACGGGAAAACCGAUGAGAAGAAUGUUACGUGAUGUUGUUUUAAAAAUGGUGAAAAAUUAUCAGUCGAGAAUCUCCAACGCGCCAACAAUGCUUCCCACGUUCGAUCCCGACUCCAAGGUGUGGACCGGUCCACAGCUCCCUUCGGUGUUCAAUCCGGAGGUGAACUUUGGAAAAGUUCUUCUCGCCACUAUGGGCCUCAACCCCGACAAGGUGAUCCAGUACGACGCGGACACGGGCCGAACCAUGACCAACGGGGAGAUGCAACUGCGCGCGAUCCGGGCCUCGCAGAACUUGGCCGCCCUCGGACUGAAGCAAGGUGACAUGGCCGCGUUGGCUUGUACGAACAGUGAAAACGUGAUGCCCGUUGUGGUGGCGAUGUUCUUCAACGGGAUUCCGUUCAACACGCUGGCACCGGGCCACGAGGUGGACGAUUUGGCCCACAUGAUGCGGAUUACGCAGCCAAAGCUGGUGUUUUGUGACGUGGACAAUUACGAACGGGUGAAAAAGGCUACCGAGGUGGCUGUGCGGGAUAAACCGUUGUUGUACGUGUUUGAAAGUGACUUGGAGGGCGUGAACAAGGCAGAGGAUCUGCUAAAGGAAACGGGUCGUGAAAGGAUGUUCUUACCGACGUCCAACGGAGAUGCCCGGAAUCUACCAGGUAUCGUUCUCUGCUCAUCGGGUAUAACAGACCUACCGAAGGCUGUGACCUUGUCCCACGCACAGCUGGUUUCGAUGUACGGAAGUCUAGUGGGAGUGUUCAAGUUCAGUCUGCUUUUCAACUUCAGUCCCCUGUACUGGAUAUCCGGACUACACUCGCUCGGUCUAUCGCUAAUCCACGGCAUUCCACGAGUUAUCACGCGGAAACCGUACUCCGAGGAUACUUUCUUUGACUUGUUUGAGAAAUAUCCAAUCGAUUACCUUUUCACGCCACCAUCACAUGCCCAUCUGCUGUUGCAGCAUCCCCGAUUUAAGACCACCGACUUCAGUAGGGUUAGAACGUGGCUCGUUGGUGGUAGUCCCGUGCCGGACGCUUUGAGGGACUCUCUUGAAGCAAAACUUCCAAACGGAAAAACUGUAAUGAUCUUGGGCACCUCGGAAAUCGGGUUCGUAACGACGGAUUUCUUCAAGCGAAAGCCACUCUCGGUUGGUACGGCAGCCCCAAAUGUCCGGAUCAAAAUCAUGAACGAAGUGGGAAAAGCGCUGAACAAUGGGGAACGUGGCGAGAUCUGGAUGACCUUCAGUGAAAAGUUCCUCGGGUAUUACAACACUCCUGAGGUAACGGCUGCGGCGGUUGAUGCCGACGGUUGGAUCCGGACCGGGGAUGUUGGGUACUUUGACGAGGAAGGUUACCUUUAUUUGGAGGGUCGUCAGAAGGAUAUGCUCAAGUGGAGAGGUUAUCAAAUAGCUCCCGCGGAUCUGGAAGCUAUUUUGCGAGAUAUUGAGGGGGUAGAUCAAGCGUACGUCGUUGGAUUGCUGGAUGAAGACGGGUCUUCCGAUUUGGCCACGGCAGUCGUCGUGAAGGUGGAAGGCAGUGAGUUGACCGGAGCCGAUAUUCUGGAGGUGGUUAAUGGCAAAGUGGCAGACUAUAAGAAACUUCGUGGAGGAGUGUACUUUGUGGACGAAGUUCCCUUCACCAGCAAUGGUAAAAUUUUGAGGAAAAAGUUGAUAGAACAAGUGACCCAGAAGAAAAACUAAAUGUUUGAUAUGGUUCAACAAACAUAAUUUGAAUUUAUAUGUAUUGUAAAUAACAAUAAUAAAUAAUGCAAAAAUCAAAAACAUAAUUAAUAGAAAAACUUCUGUAUGAAGAAUCUCCAGAAGUCUUUUUACCAGCUUAUCUAUGAAUCUUGUACUGAAAUGCUAACUAAUUAAAUACAGGAAAGAAUAAUUUGUACAAACUAGGAUUGACGCUGAUACAUCAUGUUUCCUUGUGUUCAGCUAGAUUCAAGCUAAAAUAAUAAUUCAACCAGCAACGUAUCAU